AUGACCGCGUUCACAGCUAUUGCGUGGUACAAUUCGAUCGAACUACUCAUCCUUGUCUUCGUCAUAUUCAGGAGGUACUCCGGCUUGUACUUUUGGAGUCUUAUAGUCAAUGCAAUCAGCAUUGUGCCGUAUGCGACUGCAUGGAUGAAACAAAACAACGUCGCACAUAAUCCCUACGUUUAUAACACCCUCCUUACGCUCGGGUGGAUUUUGAUGGUUCCCGGGCAAUCAGUCGUAUUAUACUCUCGCCUGUACUUGAUCUCCCCGAAUCUCAAACUCCUCCGUUUCAUCUUUUGGAUGAUCGUCACUUCGGCAAUAUGUCUGUGUGUACCUACUAUCACGCUGAAUCUACGGCAAUACACCAAGCACCCGGAAUCUUACACACGCGGCUACAUGGUCAUGGAAAAGAUACAAAUGACUCUUUUCACUGUUCAGGAGAUCUUCAUAUCCUGCGUCUAUCUGUUGGAGACCCGCAAGCUGAUGCGUGUCAUCUUCGACGGCAAAGCGAGGAAGUGGAUGUGGCAACUUGUUGUAAUGAAUGUACUCCUACUGAUACUGGAUAUCGCUUUGCUCACGACAGAGUUUCUGGAUCUCUAUAUGAUACAGACAACCUUCAAAUCUCUUGUAUACAGCUUCAAGCUCAAGAUUGAGUUCGCAGUCCUUAGCCAGAUUGUCCGCGUCAUUCAAGAUCGUGCGCAGUCUGGUAGCUCAGUCGCCGCACUUCCGUCAACUCUGGUGUGUCAACCGUGCGCAGGAAAACCGAUAUCAAGUCAGAUAUCAGAGGUAGAGGACAUGCAACGCAAUGUGCCACUCGAGUGGCGGCUAUCGAAAGAUACUACAGCUUUGGUUUCGCCAGUCGCGCUCACUGUGGCGAGAAAAGACGACGUCGAAAGUGCCAGAUGUAGCGUCGUUUCCGUAGACGCGAUGUAUCCUGGAAGAUUGGGAUAG